CGUGUCUGAAACAUGAAUGAAUCAACAACAACAACAAAAAACCGUCAUGUUUUCAAUUCAAAUAUUUUAGUCACACCCACCCUGACAUCAAGAAACCACCACAUAAAGGACUUUGGCUCAGGAAACAGAAACAGGAACCCAAAGUAAUGUCGACGCGGACGGUCAUGGCAGAGUCUCACGUAUCUGUGAGGACGAACCACCUGUGCUGUCCCAUCUGCAAACGGCUCCUCAGAGACCCCGCAACCAUACCCUGCGGACACAACUUCUGCACGUGUUGCAUCCAGCGGUGUUUUGACCUCGACGCGAGGUUCAACCAUUCCUACCGCUGCCCUGAAUGCCGCCGACAGUUUCCCUCCAGACCGCAGCUGAUCAGAAACACAACUCUGGCGGAGGUGGUGAGGGAGUCCGUUUGUGCCAGUAAGAGAAGGAAGACGUCGGAGGACUCCCAGCAGAGCCCAGCGGGACCGAGGAAGGCUUUGUGCUCGACACACAACUGUCCUCUGGAUGUCUACUGCUACACGGAUGAGCUGAUCAUCUGCCAGUUGUGCGCCACAGCUCAACACGGCGGGCACAGCUUUGGUGUGGUGAUAGAGGAGCGGAGGAGGAAACAGGAGGAGAUAAAGACGAUGCAGAUGAAAAUCAGGCAGAUUCUUCAGAAUCUAGAAGGGAAAGAGGAGAACAAGGGGAUGGUGCUCAAAGAGAUUGAGGAGGCAGCCACACAAACAGAGGAUGACUGUGAAGCCGCCAUAGUCAAUGUCAUUGAUUCCCUCCAGAGACAUUUUGAAUCUGUGAGAAAGAUGAUUAGGGCUCAGCAAGAGGCGGCCGAAGCUCAGGUUCGUCUGCAGACUCACCAGGACAAGAUGGCGGCGAUGAAGAAGAGGGAAGCUGAGCUGGCCUCUCUGGCUCAGACUGAAAACAAUGUCGACUUCCUGCGGAAAUGGAGUUCUCUGAAGCUCCUCUGUGAAACAGACCUCGUCAGUUGCGUUGGUGAGGAUCCACUGCUCCCCUUUCAGUCCACAAAGGAAGCUGUUGAAAAGCUCAGGAAGCGGCUGGAGGAAUUCUGUGACGAAGAGUUUGCUUCAGUCACCCAAACCGGUUCCUCUGGAGUUGCCAAUAAUCCAGUGGAAGAGCCUAAAACCAGAGAAGAGUUUCUGCAAUAUGCAUGCAAGCUUUCUCUGGACUGCACAACAGCUCACGAGAACCUGAUUAUUUCUGAAGGAGCCAAAGAGGUGAUGCAGAGCAAUCAGAAAUGUAACACUCCAGCUCUCCGCUCCCCGCAGAGGUUCAUGCAUCGACAGCAGGUGCUGUGCAGGGAGGGACUGGAGGCCGAGCGCUGCUACUAUGAGGUAGAGGUGAAGGGAGAUAAAGUAGAGAUUGCGCUCGCCUAUAAAGGAAUGGACAGAAAGUCUCGCUCUAAACUGUCCGCUUUUGGGGGCAACGUACAUUCCUGGAGUCUGGAUCGCUCAAAAUACUACUCUGUGAGCCACAACACUCACAGCGUCCAGCUCACGGCAUCCCCCAGCCACUGCAGGAUCGGGGUGUAUCUUAAAUUUAAACAGGGCACUUUGUGUUUCUACGAAGUGUCAAACAGCAUGAAGUUUCUUUACAAGCUUGAAACCAAAUUCACAGAGCCACUGUAUCCAGGCUUCUGGCUCGGAGAGAAGUGCUGCAUCAGGAUCUGUGAUUUGACUGCACACUAGUUGGACUCACACACAUAAAGAAAACAUAGAUCCUGUUGAGCGUCGUCCGCACAGGUUUGCAUUGGAAAUUAUACAGAAGGACACAUUUACAUGUGCUGGACUGUAUCACAGAUAAGAUAAGAUGUGAAAGUGAAAGUGGCAUGAAUUAAAGUUUUAAGAGGCCCCUUUUUGCUUCACCACCUCUGUCUGGACACAAGACAAAAUUUCGUCUUAUACACAACUCUUAAUUUUUUCAUUUUGUAUUAUUUUUAUGUCUCUGUUAUCUCAAUGCUACUUUAAUUAUAUUGAUUCUAUUUUUUUAUCUUUUCAUUUUUUGUCUUAGGUUGUAGCUCUAACAAGUAAUUAAAAAGGUGUUUAUAUAUAUAUAUAUAUAUAAAAUGUUUAUAUUAUAAAUUCAGUCACAAAUUCUGUUCUUGAGAGUCGAAUCUGAAAUACAACUCUUCUCUAAUAUAGAAGAACAGCGUCCACUAACAGUUUAAAAAAUGCUUCUUACUAUGUGAAAUGUUUUGAAUCUACUGACAUUCUUAAGAGUAAAUGUAUGUGUUGUAUGUGUUUGGGACACAACUAAUGACAGCGGUGCUUUAAACCGAAUGCUAAUAUCAGAACGCUCACAGUAACAAUGAUGACUUGUAGCAGAGAUAAAAUGUAUUUGUAUUCAUCAUCAUGUGAACAGUAAAAAUUACUUGGUUAUCAGUGUCUGGGGAGUUAUAUGCGUACAAAACAGCCACAUGGAGGAAACAUCCAUAUUUCUAUUGACUCUACAGUGUCCACAAUGGUACAAUUUGAAAAUGUGCAAUGCAAAUAAAAUGGACAAAGGUU